GCGUCCGGUCUUGGAGACCCAGGAGGGAAGGAAGGAGAAAGCGAGGGAGGGGACACCAUGGGCUAGGCGCGGGGGCAGGCGCGGGAGCCUGGUCUCCGGGGAAGAGUUGGGAAACACCAGGCAAUUCUCACUCUCGGUUCCUGGUGGCGCAGGGAGCUCGUGUGUUUGCGAGUGUGUGUAUGCGAAGUUGUCUGCGCCGGACUCUGCGCUCUUCUCGCUGGCCAUCCUGGGAAUCGCUGGCCGCCACUGCCCAGCUGGCACUCGCCGUCCCCCCAGUGCUUGGGCACCUGUUGGAGGCACAGAGCAGCCAAGGGUGCUGCAUGAGGGGCCGCAGGGGUGAUCGCAUGACCAUCAACAUCCAGGAGCACAUGGCCAUCAACGUGUGCCCUGGGCCCAUCCGGCCUAUCCGCCAGAUCUCUGACUACUUCCCCCGCCGGGGACCUGGACCUGAAGGGGGCAGCGGCAGGGGCUUUGGGGAGGCUGCUACUCAUCUGGCCCCCCUGGCCCUGGCCCCCCCUGUAGCCCUCCUUGGGGCCACCACGCCCGAGGAUGGAGCUGAGGUGGACAGCUAUGACUCGGAUGAUGCCACCACUCUGGGCACACUGGAGUUUGACCUUCUCUAUGACCAGGCCUCCUGCACUCUGCACUGUAGUAUCCUCAGGGCCAAGGGCCUCAAGCCCAUGGAUUUCAAUGGCCUGGCUGACCCCUAUGUCAAGCUGCACCUGCUGCCUGGAGCCUGCAAGGCCAAUAAGCUAAAAACUAAGACUCAGAGAAACACGCUGAAUCCUGUGUGGAACGAGGACCUGAUGUACAGUGGAAUCACGGAUGACGACAUCACUCACAAGGUGCUCAGGAUCUCCGUGUGUGAUGAGGACAAGCUGAGCCACAACGAGUUCAUCGGGGAGAUCCGCAUACCUCUCCGUCGCCUCAAGCCUUCCCAGAAGAAGCAUUUUAAUAUCUGCCUCGAGCGCCAGGUCCCGCUGGCUUCACCCUCUUCCAUGUCGGCAGCACUGAGGGGCAUCUCCUGUUACCUGAAGGAGCUGGAGCAGGCAGAGCAGGGGCCUGGGCUGCUGGAGGAGCGUGGGCGCAUCCUGCGGAACCUCAGCUAUAGCUCGCUGCGCCGGGGGCUGCUGGUGGGCAUCGUGCGCUGUGCCCACCUAGCUGCCAUGGACGUCAAUGGCUACUCUGACCCCUAUGUCAAGACGUACCUGAGGCCUGACGUAGAUAAGAAAUCCAAGCAUAAAACAGGUGUAAAGAAGAAGACCCUCAACCCGGAAUUUAAUGAGGAGUUCUUCUAUGAGAUGGAGCUCUCCGCUCUGGCCACCAAGACUCUGGAAGUCACAGUCUGGGACUACGACAUUGGCAAAUCCAACGACUUCAUUGGUGGCGUUUCCCUGGGGCCAGGUGCCCGGGGAGAGGCCCGGAAGCACUGGGGUGACUGUCUGCAGCAGCCAGACACAGCCCUGGAGCGCUGGCACACCCUGACCAGUGAGCUGCCCCCUGCAGCCGGGGCUCUGCCUUCAGCCUGAGUAGGGACAGCAGCGGCUCAUCACAGGCCCCCCGGGACCGGGUCCAGUACCCAACAUUCGCACGAGUGUGUUGCACGUUUACACGGGGUGGAUGCCCCGCCCCGCCCUGCACUACCUGUCUUAUUUCGUGAGAGUUUCUGUGACUGUGGGUCCGUCUUGUGAGGGACUGUGGAGAUCUAUGUUCACAUAUGCAAACUUCCUCUUGCCUGACUUGCUACAUGCAAAUAUGCAAACCACCCAUCCUGUGCACACCUGCAGGGGGAGUCCUACCAGCGCCCCCUCCCCCAAGGCUCCCCAGCUGCUGCUCCUCUCUCCUGCCUCUCCAGGCUGCCCCGUCCCCUCCACCUACAGGGAGGAGGUCGGAUUAGGGGGAGUUCGGAGGAGGAGAAAGUUUCCAAACAGGAAAAGGAUAAAAAAACAAAAAAGAGCCACUCCUUUAAUACAGAAUCUUCGUUUAAAAACAGAAACACCUAGCCCUGUACAGCUGCCCUUUUAAACAGUGGGGGGGGAGGUGGGCACAGCAGGGUCUCUGCCUCUCUGAGAGGUGACAGAUGCUCCCACCACUCAUUUAAAUAACUGUCCCCUGGAUGGGGCCGAGAUGUGAGGGCAGGCCCCUGCCCUCCUUGGUGAGGGGCCCACUUUCCAGGGGACAUCUGUGCAUGUUUACGCCUCUUCUGAUUGUGUCAGUGGCCGCAGCAUGGCAACUGGGCAUUAAUAAAAGUCUCUGCGGAA